AAACCAAACCUUAUCUCGUCGAUGACGUCUCUCGUUUGCGGUCUCUCCAUCUCUCCCUUACCUUUGCAACCCACGCGUCACUCCAAAUUGUUUGUCCCCCCAACUCUAAACAUCAAACCCCCAAAACCUUCCCGCCACGUUACGGUUCGCGCCGAGGUGAAAGAGACCGCCGCAACCGCUACUUCCUCCGACGAGAAGAUCCGUGAAAUUCUCCGCAACCGCGAUUAUGAUAAGAAAUUCGGAUUCUGUAUAGAGAUCGAUUCCUUCUCGAUCCCUAAAGGCCUCUCCAAAGAAACUAUUCGUCUGAUCUCGUCCGUGAAAGAGGAACCUCAAUGGAUGCUGGAAUUUCGCUUGAAGGCAUUUGAGAAAUUUCUGUCCAUGAAAGUUCCUACCUGGUCCGAUAACAGCUAUCCUCCUAUCGAUUUCCAGGAUAUCUGCUACUACUCGGCUCCCAAGAACGAACAGAAGAAACGCCCUCUGAAAUCCCUCAAAGACGCCGAUCCCGAACUCCUCCGCUACUUCGACAAGCUCGGCGUUCCUCUCAACGAGCAGAAGCGUCUCGCAAACGUCGCCGUGGACGCCGUCCUCGACAGCGUCUCCAUAGUCACCACCCACCGAAAAACCCUGGAGAAGGCCGGGGUCAUAUUCUGCUCAAUCUCCGACGCUAUUAAGGAGUACCCCGAGUUAGUCCGCAAGUACUUGGGGAGAGUCGUGCCCUCUGAUGACAACUACUACGCCGCGUUGAACUCCGCCGUCUUCAGCGACGGUUCGUUCUGCUACAUUCCCAAAGAUACCAAGUGCCCGAUGCAGAUCUCUACCUACUUCAGAAUCAACGCUCUGGAAACAGGGCAGUUUGAGCGGACUUUGAUAGUUGCCGACGACAAGAGCUUUGUGGAGUAUUUGGAAGGGUGCACUGCGCCGUCAUAUGAUCGGAACCAGCUCCACGCAGCGGUGGUGGAGUUGUACUGUGGGGAAGGGGCAGAGAUAAAGUACUCCACGGUGCAGAAUUGGUAUGCUGGGGAUGAGAAUGGGAAAGGUGGGAUUUACAAUUUCGUGACAAAGAGAGGAGUGUGUGACGGGUCGCGGUCGAAGAUAUCGUGGACGCAGGUGGAGACGGGUUCUGCGAUCACGUGGAAGUAUCCGAGUGUUGUGUUGGAGGGAGAUGAUAGUGUUGGGGAGUUCUAUUCUGUUGCUUUGACGAAUAACUAUCAACAGGCCGAUACGGGGACCAAGAUGAUACACAAAGGGAAGAACACAAGGAGUAGGAUUAUCUCUAAGGGUAUAUCGGUUGGACAUUCCAGGAACUGUUAUAGAGGGCUGGUUCAGGUUCUAUCCAAGGCGGACAAUGCGCGAAACUCAUCGCAGUGUGACUCCAUGCUUAUUGGGGACAACGCAGCUGCCAAUACCUAUCCUUACAUUCAGGUGAAAAAUCCAACUGCUAGAAUUGAACAUGAAGCCAGUACAUCUAAAAUUGGAGAAGAUCAAUUGUUCUAUUUUCAGCAAAGGGGAAUAGACUAUGAAAAAGCAAUGGCUGCAAUGAUCUCUGGCUUUUGCCGUGAUGUCUUCAAUGAGCUUCCGGAUGAAUUUGGUUCUGAGGUGAACCAACUCAUGAGCUUGAAGCUUGAGGGCUCGGUUAAUCAUACUUCUUUUAUAAGAAUGUACGGCUCAACCUCUACUUUUCUUCAUUUUUGUGAUGCAUUAAAAAUAACAACCUCACUCAAUAUUCAACUUGUGGAAAAUCAGAUGACAACAUCGAGCUUCGUCCAUCAUGUGUUGGUAGGACGACAUGUGAUCCAAAUCUAGUCGUUGUUGCCCCUAGAUCCUGUGAAGAUGAAGGUGAAGGCGUACACAUAAUUAAGAGGGAGAAAUGGUCGUUAUUCAGAGCAAAGAAUCCUAGGUCGUCGGUGAGAGUGACGCCAAUGUACAUUUGCAUGUUCCAAAUGUUGCUAUUGGUUGCAUGUGCUGAUAUUGGUGCAAUACGAUAUGCUUCACUCUCAACAAUAAUGCUUCUAACUUUUUUUUUAUUUUUUAUUUGACUGAUAGACAAUUCUCCAGUAACUUAAUGCUUUGCACUUGUUCUCAAAGGAGUGUCUCUUUCCCAGUAACAUA